CCCAUUGUCUUCCCGAACCCUCUCCGUUCGCUGCUCCCGAAUCCUGCCCCUACUCCUCUAGCCACAUCCCCAGGAGGCUCCGCGUCGCAGCCGUCGAUGUCGAGCAACGCCGCCGCCUCCCGCCGCUUGUCGUCGGCGACGACCGCGACGGCGAAGCGCCCGGCCAUGGCGGAGAGCGCUGGUGGAGCCAAGCUGGUGGACCCGGUGGCUGUGCAGCAGGCGAAGAAGCGCGUGGCGCUCGGCAACAUCACCAACAUCGCUGCCGGGGCCAUGGGGAGGACCGGCUGCGGCAAGGUCGCGGUGGCCACGCCGGGCAAUGCGAGGUUGCAUUCAACUACAUCAGCUGCACCUGUGAAGAAGGGAUCUUUGGCAAGUGUCCAAAAUGCAAUAGCAAAUCGCAGCUUGGCGGUGAAAUCGGCUUCCACCAGGCCAACUCCUAAGGCGGAGGAUAUUGUUCCUCCUCCUAAGGUGCCUACCGUCAUGCCGAUUGCCGCAUCUGCAAUUGUACCCUGCUGCAGCUUCGCGUCUCCACAACAUUCAGAAGAUUCUAUUUCGACCGAUGAGACUAUGUCAACGAGUGAUUCCAUGAAAAGCCCUGACUUAGAGUACAUUGAUAACGGGGACUCCUUGGUGCUCGAUUCUUUGCAGCAACGGGCAAAUGCAAACCUGCGUAUAUCAGAAGAGAGCGAUGUGGAAGGAACUAAGUGGAAGAAGGAUGCCACUACUCCAAUGGAAAUCGACAAUAUUUCUGAUGUUGAUGAUAACUAUAAGGAUCCCCAGUUGUGUGCUACUCUUCCUUCAGAUAUCUACAUGCACUUGCGAGACACUGAGACAAGGAAAAGACCAGCAAGUGAUUUUCUAGAAACAAUGCAAAAGGAUAUAAACCCAAGCAUGAGGGCAAUCCUGAUUGACUGGCUUGUAGAAGUUUCUGAAGAAUAUCGUCUUGUUCCUGAUACGUUAUACCUGACAGUCAACUAUAUUGACCGUUAUCUUUCCGGCAAUGAGAUAAAUCGUCAAAGGCUGCAAUUACUCGGUGUUGCUUGCAUGCUUAUAGCUGCUAAACAUGAGGAGAUAUGUGCACCCCAAGUAGAAGAAUUCUGCUACAUCACGGACAAUACAUACUUCAAGGACGAGGUAUUGGAGAUGGAAGCAUCCGUCAUUAAUUACCUGAAGUUUGAGAUGACGGCACCAACAGCCAAGUGCUUUUUGAGGAGAUUUGUUCGGGCUGCACAAGUAUGUGAUGAGGAUCCAGCUUUGCAUCUUGAGUCCUUAGCCUGUUAUGUAACUGAGCUAUCACUGCUUGAGUACAGUCUACUUGUCUACCCUCCUUCACUUGUAGCAGCCUCAGCCCUUUUCUUGUCGAAGUUCAUACUGCAGCCAACAAAGAGUCCUUGGAAUUCCACCCUUGCCCACUACACACAAUACAAGGCGUCAGAGUUAUGCGAUUGCGUGAAGGAGCUGCAACGCCUUUUCUGUGUUGCUCCUGGGAGCAAGCUUCCUGCAAUUAGAGAAAAGUACAGUCAACAUAAGUACAAAUUCGCCGCGAAGAAGCAAUGCCCACCUAUGGUGCCUGCAGAUUACUUCUGUGAUGCGGCAUGCUAGAAAAAAAUUUACAGGAGUUUUCACAGUUUAACUCAUCGUCCAGUAGCUCUAAUUCAGAGCUUAGUCGCUGAUCUGCUUCCUUGAUUUGUCCUGCUCUGUUGUGUUUUUCUUUCUUUCUAUACCAACAAUCUAGACCCCCUCAGGUUUUUUCAGGCGCGUGCACAUUGGAGAGUCCUGCAGCAGAAACAUAAACAUCUUGUUUGUAAAAUGCCAUCAGGUUUUUUCCCUAGCUGGAUGGGUGUAUGAGAUAUUUUUUUGGGAUUGUUGACAAGAGCAUCACUGCAUUUUAACAGUGCUAAAUCUAAGGUUUUGCAAUUAUUCUAA